UUGGGUUACGGCGAUGUUAUAUGGUGAAUUGGUGUGCUUUCAACUUAUUUUAAAAAUGACCGUGCUAAAUGUGCAUAAUAAUAGUUUGACCUUUUGCAGGCAUGUGCAAUAAUAUCUGCAAUUGAAGGGGCAGAGAGGUUCAUGCAAAAAAAACCAUGGGUAUCAGAUUUCUUAAUAUCCUUCAUGCCAAGCAUAUUAUCAGCCGACCUUCCUCGAAGGUUGUAGAUGUUCCGAAGGGAUACUUAGCAGUUUAUGUUGGAGAGGCACAAAAGAAGAGAUUUCUGGUGCCAGUGUCAUACUUGAACCAUCCCACAUUUCAAGAUUUGCUACGCAAGGCUGAAGAAGAAUUUGGGUUCUCUCAUCCCAUGGGUGGUCUCACCAUUCCUUGCAGAGAAGACAUCUUUAUCAAUCUUACUUCUCAGCUGAAUGGAUUGUGACAGAGGAAAGAUGGAGAUUCCUCUGGUUAAAAAGACAAUUUUGUAAAUUGGGAACAAUUUCACAUACAUCUUAUUUUUAAUUAUUUGUAGAUACAAAAAUUUUGGGAGGGAAAGAAAAGCCUCCCUUCAUGCGAAACAGGCAGUAAGAUCUAUUUCUUCUUCAAUACGAAUUUGUUUUAUCCUUCGUUCUCACCUCUCUCUC